AUGACCGCCAUGCCUGCUGAGCCUGCCGCCGCGCACGCGGCCGAGAAGCCGCCGCUCACGUCGGACUACCUCGACUGCGCUCAGCUCCGCUUCUCCCUCGGCUGCACCACCGUGGCCGACAAAGCGCCGCUCAAGGCGCAGGCGGAUGCCGCUCUGCUCGCGAAGCUGGAGGCGGCCAACGCGACGGAGCUGGCGCGGCUGAGCGACGCGAUCAAGACGGCCGAGGAGAGCGGGGGGAGCGCGGGGUGUGUGGAGCGGCGCUUUGAGAGCGAGGGGGAGUCGGAGAUUUGCAGCGCGAUGCUGGCAAAGGCGGAGCUCCUGGCGGAGUUCCUGAUGCGGAUCGGGGAGCGGGCUAAGGCGCUCGCGGCGCUGGAGGAGACGUACGCCAAGACGGUCGGCUCUCGGAGCAGCGGCCGCUCUGCAAUGCUCGCCCUCUUCUUCGACGACAAGAAGCUGACCGCGGACACCAUCGACGCUGCCAAGGGCCUGCUCGACCAAGGCGGGGACUGGGAGCGGAGGAGCCGCCUCGAGGCGGCCGACCUGCUCCUCGACUCGGUCGCGACCUUCACCGCGACGGAGCUGAUCUCGUACAACACGUUCGUGCUGUACACCGUCACCACGUCGCUGCUCUCGCUGCCGCGCGCCGACCUCAAGAGCAAGGUCAUCGAUGCGCCCGAGAUCCUGCAAGUGUUGGGCGAGAUCCCGCACCUCGCCAACCUGCUCAACGGGCUGUACGAGUGCCGCUACCGCUCGCUGAUGGAGGCGCUCCUCGGGAUGCUUGAAUGGGUUGUUGUUAUUGCUGCGGAGGCGCUCGUCGGGAUCGUCGACUCGCUCUACGCCGACCGGUACAUGCACGCGCACACGCGCUUCUACUGGAGGGAGCUGCGGGUGCCCGCGUGCAGCCCGGGCAUGGCGACCUCCUUCGGAGUCUCGGCGGACUUCCUCGACAAGGAGCUCUCCGGCUUCAUCGCGGCGGAGCGGCUCUCGUGCAAGAUCGACAAGGCCCGCCGUGGCCGCCAGGCGGGCGGCGACCUGCUCCUCAACCGGCUGCAGAAGCUGUCGCGCGUCAUCAACGUCUGA